UAGAGCCGGAGUGACCCGUCUGUCCACUGAGAUGACGAGAAACUCUUAGUUUUCCUUUCUGUUUUCCACCUUUUCUCACAGGUAAUCUGCUCUGUCUUUGGUCGUGUAUCUCAGCUGUAUUAUUUAUUACGACCUCCAGUCUGUUGCUCGUCGUUAAUCACAUUUUCACGCUCAUUUUGGGCCCGUUUGCUGUGUUUCGGCAGCACUUCCGUACAGCUCUGGGACGAUGGCUGGUCCCGAAGAAGACCAGAAAUUCUGUCUUCAGGAAGUCCUCGACACGUUCAAACUGUGUCUGUCUGAGGAGAAAGAAGUCUAUCUUCAACACUACGUCGCUGGCUGGCGUGGACUUGUGAAGUUUCUGAACAGUUUGGGGAGCCUUUUCGGCUUCAUUUCCAAGGACGCCGUCAGCAAGAUCAAGAUCCUGGUCGGUUACCUGGAAGGUGAGAACGGGUCUCACUACGCCACCGUCCAGUCGAUGGUCAAAUACGAGCUGGAGAACGAACUCGUGGACCUGACCAAGAGAGGCGGCCACCCAGAGUCCGGCUGCCGCACUCUGCUGAGGCUCCACCGCGCGCUGAGGUGGCUGGAGCUGUUCCUGGAGCGUCUCCGUACCAGCAACGAGGACAGCAAGACGUCUCUCAUGUGCUCAGAGUCCUACAAUGAGUCUCUGUCCCUGUACCACCCCUGGUUGAUCCGUAAAACUGCGGGCAUGGCGUUCUGCGUGCUCCCAGGGCGCCCUGCUUUCUUCGAAGUGAUGAAUGUGGGCCCCCCGGAAAAAGUGGUGGCCAUGUUAGGGGAAGCUUUACCUCUAAUCUCCGAAGUGUACGAGAUCACAGAGGAACUUUACGCUCAACAAAACCUGCUCGACCUGCCGUAGACAGACAAAAGUGCUAUUAUUAUUAUUAUUUUUUGCUACUUCAUGCAUUAAAUUAUUAAACAUGAAGGGCUGUUCAGCGCGCUGUAAGAGCUGUGUGCUGAUUUAAGGGUCGUGUAUUCUCUGUACAGUGUUAAUAAUUUUACUGACACAAAUCUUUUCCCAUUUUUUUAUUUCAUGCAAAACUACUGUUAAUCUUCACGUUGCAUGUUUAUAUUUACUCUUCAAAAUGGACCUCGAAUGAUCUUUUUUUUUAAUUUAACUGGUGGAUGUGUGUGUUUAAUU